CUCCUCGGGAGUCUAGUCCGGUUGCGCAACAGUCAUCUGGCCCGCUUUAGUUCGAUCCUAUCACCGCCUGUUUCUCUCUCGCCGUCGUCUUCCUCCCCCCCUCCAUCAUUGAUAUCUGCAGAUCAUCUGCACGCACAUAUUGGUUUCCGUCGUGCAUAGUCCCUGCAGAGCCUUUCUCACCUUGUCACCGCAGUGUCGCUUUUCCACUGGUCGGCCGGCACUCUACACCAACCCUGGUAGCAACAUUGUCCGAAGGCAAAUCUCUUGCUUUCAUUUCAUUUCACCCUGCUCCUCUUCCACUAGGGUGUAACUAGACCCGGCACAGAAGCGAAUAGCAAUCAUGGCUACCAAUUCAUUCCGCGAUUCGGUCAACUCCUUGGGUUGGUCGCGACGAGACCCAGAUCUCUCCACCCGCACCAACUCGUCGAAUACGCCAAUCCUCUCACGGUUACAGUCUUGGAAUCCGUUUGGUCAAGGGGAGGGCUAUCUGCAACUGCCUACUCAUGAAGCUCCAGGAGCUCCCCUACCCGCCGCAAGUCGCCGAGAGGAGGAAGAUACUUUCUUUGCCUUAAGUCGAUGGGAUCGGAUGCUCAUUUUCAUCGCAUGCAACCUUGGUGCUGCCGUUUGCUUCCUUCUUUGCUUUUUCCUAUUCCCGGUGCUAUCGCUGAAACCCCGCAAAUUUGCCAUCCUGUGGUCGGUUGGUUCCUUGCUCUUUCUCCUAUCAUGGGCAGUCCUCAUGGGACCCUGGGUCUACGCGAAACAUCUGGUCUCGGGACCACGUCUGCCCUUCACGGCGGCCUAUUUCGGCUCGAUCGCCAUGACUUUGUACUUUGCUAUCGGACUUCAUUCAACCCUGUUGACGCUCAUCUCGUCGGUGUUUCAGCUGGCUGCCCUGCUCUGGUACCUUGUCAGCUACUUCCCUAUGGGUAGCACUGGACUGCAGUUUAUGGGAAGAUUCGGAGCUCAGCGUGUCACUUCGUGGAUGACCAGCUGAUACUAGUGAAGCCUCGCUACAACCGGAGACCGGACUAUCUUGGUCUACCCUGCCCCUCCCCUUGGGACGCACAUACAUUGUAUACUUUUUAAUUGAUCGCAUGGUCAUUACGAUAGACAUGGGUUCAACGGCCGGUAUACGCUUGCUUGUACAGCUCUUACCUUCUCCCUUCUUAUUAUAUACCAGACAGCGAAUACAUUAGUCA